AUGGAGGACACACGAGCAUUUCUAGACACCUUUUCCGAGACCUCAUCCCACACAUCGUCCUCGAACGACGAUUUCGUCAUCGCAAACGGCCGACCCCCGCAAGACGAAUUCGAGCUCGAAGAUGAAUACCGCUCCGAUGCUGGCCUCACCGGCUACUUUCCCCUCGAAGACGAUAUACAGCAGCUCACUGCCCAGGGAACAAACGCCAUAAUGACGCAGAUGAAUCAUCUUCUCUACGAAGAGCGCGUCCGUAUGGCACCGGGCUAUACGGUCUUGGAAAGUGCUGUGACGAUACCGGCCGGCGAUAGUCCUCCGGCAGAUACGCAGCAACACUUGGACAACGAUGAUGCUGCGUCUAUAGAUGAUUCUGGCCCAUUUGAUCCUUACGACGAGGUAGAGUUUGAUGAGCAAGCCAGUAGUAGUGAAGAGGAGGACUAUUAG